AUGGUGGGGUCCGAAGAAGCAGGUCAGACGCUCAUUGAGUUGGACGAGGUUUGGUCUGGCCUCAAGCAUACCUGCCUGGUUGAGCACACGUUCUGGGAGUCUGGGCCGGCCACAGGCCAGGUUGAGGCUGUGUUGCGUGAAUACAAAGACUUGUCGGCCACCCUGUGUGACAUGGCUAAUUUUGUCUUCCUCCAAAACGACAAGUUCAAAGAGAAACAAAAGCUUGACGUCGCCGCUACAACACUCAAGCGCUGGGUGGACAUCGUUCCAAACAAACUCAAGAAGUGGGUCGAUACUGGCUUGGCGCAACUUGUGGAGGACCGCAUGCUGUCCGUCUGCCGCUCAAAGCAGCAAGCUUUGUUUUCCGCUGGGUUGACAGCGGUGGCUGAAGUAACAAAGCAGUGCGUCGCUGGGUCGCCACCUUCCUUCAACCAGGGUGCCCAGCAACAAUUGCUCAUGAAGAUUCCCAAGAGUCACAGCCUGAGGCCCUUGGUGACCUCUUUCUUGGAGGUGCUCACUUUGCAAAGCCAAUCAGGGGACCAGCUGAAGCUGGCCACUGCCUUGGACAUGACCGGCAAGCAUUACCAGGAAGCGCUUUCCACUGCAGAGUGGCAGGAGGACCUGCGCAAAACAGGCCUGAAAGAGGCCAGUGCCUGGCUCAAGGCUCUUCGCCAGAAGGUUGCCUGCGAAGCUCUUGACGAGAUGGAGCGCACACACAAGAAACGAUGUCUCUCCAUGGAAAAAAUCAAAGUGGCCAAGCUGCCCAGUUUGACGGAUGAGGAGAACUAUCGCAAAGUUGGGCUACGAUGUGUGGGGCAAUUGGCUGACGUCACGGCCCUGCUAGAAAAGGAUUGCAAGGCUCUCAAGACUCUCCGCUCUGCCUUGGUGAGGCUGAAGGCUGCGCAGUUUGGCGAGGAAAACACAACCCCUCUUCUUGCAGAGCUCGAACUUGCCCAAAAGAAAGCUGGGCAUGAUGUGUUUGCGCCUGGUCCAGGUGAGAUUGAGUGCGAGGAGCUGGUGGUACAAACAAGUUUUCAUGUAGCUGCUGUCGCGGCCUUGUGCCUGGUUCGAAACCCAAAGCUUGCGCCUCCCAAUCCCGAUGGUAAAUUGCUCAAACAAGUUGCCGAUAUCUCAGUCACAUUGAGGGGCAAAUGGGAGCUGCUACCGGAGGGCGAGCUGAAGCUUCAAGGGGGGCGUUUGCUCAGUGAAUGCGAAGAGGUUUCGAAGUCCAAGGGCCAGAGAGA